CAGACCGACACACAGGGGGAAAAGGGGAGAGACCAAACAAACAGGACGGAGAAGAAACCGCUGACCCACAACGUACAGGCCCUUAUAUGACUCACCUGACAACUGAACUGAGACAAACAAGGAAACAGGUUUUUAUUGUGCCACUCUGAGACCACACACACACACACACACACACACACACACAGGGAGAGACGGACGAUAAGAUUCACUUUCAGACCAAAACCACCACAUCCAUUGAGAGAGGACAUCUACAGGAGGGAUUACUGGGAAUACUGGAAUACUACCACUUCAACCAGCUGCUUAGCCACAAACCGAACAAAAGUUUUACAGGGAAUUUUAGCUUUCAGGGAACAGGGAGUGACUGAGCUGUCGGCCUGCUGUGUUUCCUGCUUCACUCAGAGACUAAAUGGCUUCCGCAUUAGAGAAAGAUCUCAGCUGUCCAAUCUGCCAUGAAGUCUUUAAAGAUCCUGUUCUUCUGUCAUGUACCCACAGCUUCUGUAAAGGCUGUCUGCAGAGCUGGUGGACAGAGAAAAAAGCACGUGAGUGUCCAAUUUGUAAUAGAUGUUCAAAGCCAAAACCACCUUUAAACCGGGUGUUAAAGAACCUGUGUGAGAGUUUCUUAGAGGAGAGAGAUCCGAGAGCUUCAGAGGCUCGCUGCAGUCUGCACUCUGAGAAACUCAAACUCUUCUGUCUGGACCAUCAGCAGCCAGUGUGUCUCGUCUGCAGAGAUUCAGAAACACACUCCAACCACAGAUUCAGACCCAUCGAUGAAGCUGCACGACAACCCAAGAAGGAACUUCAGGAAACUCUGGAGCCCGUAAAGAAAAGGCUAGAGAGUUUUGAACAGUCUAAAAAGGAGGUUGAUAAAAGAGCAAAACACCUGAAGGUCCAGGCCCGACGCACAGAAAGGCAGAUUAAGGAUCAGUUUAAGAAGCUUCACCGGUUUCUAGAAGAGGAAGAGGAGGCCAGGAUGGCUGCACUGAGGGACGAAGAGGAGCAGAAGAGUCAGAGGAUGAAGAAGAAGAUGGAGGCUCUGAACAGAGAGAUAUCAGCUCUUUCAGACACAGUCAGAGAUACAGAGGAGCAGCUGAGAGCUGAAGACGUCUCAUUCCUGAUCAACUACAAGGCUGCAGUGGAAAGAGUCCAGCAUCUCCCCCUGCCGGAUGAGCCACAGUUGCUCCCAGGAGCUCUGAUAGACGAGGCCAAACACCUGGGCAACCUGAGCUUCAACAUCUGGAACAAGAUGAAGGACAUGGUCUCCUACACUCCUGUGAUUCUGGAUCCAAACACUGCUGAUGAACACUUAAUCCUGUCUGAAGAUCUGACCAGUGUGAGACUAGGAGUAAGUCAGGACCUUCCUGAUAAUGAAGAGAGGAUUGCUGACAUCAACACUGUCCUCGGCUCUGAGGGUUUUAACUCUGGGACUCACAGCUGGGAUGUUGAGGUUGGAGACAGUAAAGAGUGGUCACUGGGUGUGUUAUCAGAGUCUUGCCAUAAGACGGGAGACAUACACUCUGGACUAUGGAGAUUAUGGUUCUUUUUAGAUGAAUACUCAGCACGUUCACCAGUAGAGCCCAGCGAGUAUCUCCCAGAGCAGAAGCAAUACCAGAGGAUCAGAGUGACUCUGAACUGGAACAGAGGAAAGCUGUCGUUCUCUGAUCCUGAUACAAACACACUCAUACACACCUUUACACACACUUUCACUGAGAAGAUGUUUCCAUAUAUAAGAACUGAGGAUGAACUCCCAUUGAGAAUUUUACCUGUGAAGGUCUCUGUGACUGUAGAACAAGAGAAACAGGCGGUGCUCAUGGUUGUGGUGAUGAUGGUGUUGGCGAUGCUGAUGCUGAUGGUGAUUCUUUGAGUCUUUGAGUAACAUGUUGUCCUGAUGUUGUUGCUGGUUUUCAUAAGAAGGCUGACAUCUACAGUAUAACAACAAAUUAUAAGAAAAGUGUAAAAAUUAACAUCAUGCUGUGUUGAGGAAGACUUGAAACUAGCGAUUGAGAACAUAAACUAAAAAUGUUUACUGAGGUAGUAAAUCAGGACAGAAGUAGGCUCAUUUUCUCAUAGACUUCUAUAGAAACAGACUUCUUUUUGGAGCCGGUGGAGUCGCUCCCUGCUGGAAAUUAGAUAGAAUGCAGCUUUAAGGAGCUUCAGCAGUAGGCCUAUAUCACGCAACAAUUGAAGACCGGAAGACCGUCUCUGAGUGGGGAUACGGCUCUUCCGGUUAGCUUUUUACAAUGGCGGAGCCCGAUAGAUACCACAGGACCAAGUCUCUCCGCUACCUGCCUGACGUCACCUACGACCAUGUGGUUGGGAUUGUAAAUAAACUCUCUCAAAGUGAAAAACAUUUUGAAAAUGGCAAAAAAAGGCAAAAGUUACAAGACGUGUACAGAAACUAUCGUAGAAUUCAAUGGUAGAAACUCGCUCUAGCCGUUCGCGGUUUCGCGGGUACGGUAAACGUUUCUAUGGUAACAGCGACGUUGCUGUUACGCUUAGGAUAGUGGGUAGUGUAGUUUUUCUCCAUAAAAUCGCGGAUAAAACAUGUUUUUCUUAAAACAAGGUUGAUUUCAUACAGACUUCUAGCUUCUACAGGAGCAGAAACCUUCGUUUCACACCAACGUAGCUCGUGGUCAGUGAACCUCGGAUGGUUUAGACAUUAUGGGAUGGUUUAGACAUUAUGACUGAUAAUAUAAAUCCUUAUUGAGAAAGGGACUGUUGACCGGAAGUUCUGAUUCCCUACUCCACGUUCCGGAAGCAGGAAGUGUGAUCGAGCUAUAGCUUCACUUUUCAGACCCGGAAGCUUUGUUCAUUAUUUUAACAGUCUAUUAGUCAAAGAUGUUAA